UUCUUGCUUUUCGAGUCGACGUGGGCUUGUGGCGUCCUACUCCGAGCGGUGCGUGCCGGGGAGCCGUCAGCCGUGGCGACCACACGCCGAAAGUUAAGUUAACCAGCUGAUUUAUGCGGGGUCACCGAAGCCGAGCCUUCUUUCAGCUACGCAAUCGCGUCAGUUAAUGAUUUUUCAAGCAAACCGUAGAUCGAUCUCGCCCGGAUCUUCGUUGACUCUGUUAUUUUUAAAUAAAAGUCUCUCCAAUUUCAGCCCCUUGGUCUAGAGUUCUGAUUGGACGGGGAUCGUUCCCGAGCGUUGAUCAGCAGAUAUUUUAGCGACGAUGCGUGUCGAUGAGGAACUCCCGUCAGUUUGCUUGUAUGCAUGUGCUACGCAGCUCUUGCACAGUUGUUUGCACACAAACACAAGCUCUGAGUCUCACGGGGAGCAGCCACCGAUUGCUGCGGUGCGGAGCAUACAUUGGUGUGGUGUGUCCUCUUCCGUCGCCUUUCCAUCAUUUUUCUGACGGGGGCGCCGCUCCCAAGCUGUUCGGUCGAAGCUAGAGGGCCCGGCAGCAGGACAGGCGGAGGAAGCACCCGAGGCCGCCGCCGCCGCCGUCGCCGGGCGUCGAGCUCGCGAUGGCGCCGCACUCGCGGGACAGCCGCAGAGUCCAUUUCGAGGAGAUCCGCGAGCUCGACGGCGACGACUCCGAGCUGGGGGCCGGGCACGCGCGCGGCCGCGUGCCGCCGUGGCGGGAGCAGCUGACGGCGCGCGGGAUGGUGGCGAGCCUGGCCGUCGGCGCCAUGUACAGCGUCAUCGUGAUGAAGCUCAACCUCACCACGGGCCUCGUCCCCACGCUCAACGUCUCCGCCGCGCUCAUCGCCUUCGUCGUCCUCCGCGCCUGGACCAAGGCGCUGGCCCGCCUCGGCGUCGCCGCCCGCCCCUUCACGCGCCAGGAGAACACCGUCGUGCAGACCUGCGCCGUCGCCUGCUACAGCAUCGCCGUCGGAGGUGGGUUCGGGUCCUACCUGCUCGCGCUCGACAAGAACACCUACGAGAUGGCCGGGGAGGAGACGGAGGGCAACGUGCCGGGGAGCUACAAGGAGCCCGGCAUUGCGUGGAUGACCGGCUUCCUCCUCGCCGUCAGCUUCGUGGGGAUCAUCGCGCUCGUCCCUCUCAGGAAGAUUAUGAUUAUUGACUACAAAUUAACUUAUCCAAGCGGGACUGCAACAGCUGUGCUUAUAAAUGGAUUCCAUACGCCCCAUGGAGAUGCUAUGGCAAAGCAGCAAGUAAAUGCAUUCACAAAAUACUUCGGAAUCAGCUUCUUCUGGAGCUUCUUCCAGUGGUUUUACUCCGGUGGGGACAGUUGUGGGUUCUCGCAGUUUCCUACUUUUGGACUAACAGCUUGGAAACACACAUUCUUCUUUGAUUUCAGCCUCACAUAUGUUGGGGCAGGGAUGAUUUGUUCCCACCUCGUUAAUCUGUCUCUCCUUUUUGGCGCCAUUCUCUCCUGGGGUGUCAUGUGGCCUCUGAUCAGUGAUUUGGAAGGCGACUGGUAUCCAGCAAAUAUACCAGAAAGCAGCAUGAGCAGCCUGCAAGGCUACAAGGCCUUCAUAUGCAUAGCUCUCAUCCUAGGAGAUGGCCUGUACAAUUUUGUCAAGAUUAUUGUAUUCACUAUUAAGAAUCUGAUUGAAAAAUCAAAUCUGAAGAACACAAAGAAAGAUGAAGACAUUCCAGUGCUUGAUGACCUUCAUCGUAAUGAAGUUUUUAUGAAAGACAGUCUACCUUCCUGGCUAGCCUACUCUGGCUACGUUGCAUUGUCAGUUGCUGCAGUAAUUAUCAUCCCCAUGAUGUUCCGCGAGAUGAAGUGGUACUAUGUUAUCAUUGCAUACCUACUGGCUCCUGCCCUGGGUUUCUGCAACGCCUAUGGCGCUGGCCUUACUGAUAUCAACAUGGCCUACAAUUAUGGGAAGGUUGCCCUCUUCAUUCUUGCAGCCUGGGCUGGAAAGGACUCUGGUGUAGUUGCUGGCUUAGUAGGCUGCGGUCUGGUGAAGUCGCUGGUGUCAAUAUCUGCUGAUCUGAUGCAUGAUUUCAAGACUGGGCAUCUCACACUAACAUCUCCCAGAUCAAUGCUUAUUGCUCAGGCUAUUGGCACCGCCAUGGGCUGUAUCAUCGGGCCACUAACAUUCAUGCUGUUCUACAAGGCAUUUGACAUAGGCAACCCAGAAGGGCCCUGGAAGGCACCGUAUGCUCUGAUCUACCGAAACAUGGCAAUUCUUGGUGUGGAGGGUUUCUCUGCUCUACCCCAGCAUUGCUUGCAGCUGUGCUAUGGGUUCUUUGGCUUUGCAGUGGUGGCCAACCUUAUGAGGGACCUCUUAUCGCCGAAGUAUGGUAGGUGGGUUCCCCUACCGAUGGCAAUGGGGGUUCCUUUCCUUGUCGGCGCGAGCUUUGCCAUCGACAUGUGUGUGGGAAGCUUAGUAGUCUUUGUCUGGAACAUGAUGGACAGAAAUAAGGCUGCACUGAUGGUGCCGGCAGUUGCAUCUGGUUUGAUAUGUGGAGACGGGCUUUGGAUCUUCCCUUCGGCAUUGCUUGCACUGGCCAAGAUCAGUCCACCAUUCUGCAUGGCAUUUAGGCCUACACACUAGGACAGUAACAGGCUAGGUCUAUGUACAGUUAGGAAACAUACAUCCUGGCAAGAAUGCAGUAAAUAGGUUUUGCAUAGCUGGGCGAGAUUGUAGCAUGCACAUGCAUUUUUUUCUUCUUCUAUUGAUAUGUUGCUGUAUAGUUUUGGCAACAAGUCACACAAGGUGUAAUACUGUAACAUGUGGGAAUAAUCUUUCGGGGGCAGCUGAUCCAAUUGUUCA